CCGGCCUUCAAUGCAUUUGACCAGCCCCACAGUAAGAAGCGGCUACACAAGCGCUGCAUCAAGCGAAAUUCUAGUCCAUCUACUUGGUUGGAGAACGCUCCUAUCCGGCAGCGACCUCACCACAAAAAAUCGUCGAUGUAGACGGUCAACUUCAAUAAGGUAGUUGACAAUAAAUGCCUCGAAUUUCGGAAGGAUGGGGGCCGAACAGUCAACUUCUCGGAGCGGCAACACCCAAGUUGCGGUUGAGCGGAAGACGUGCUAUUACGAGCUGCUGGGGGUGCCCCGGGAGGCGUCCGAUGAGGAGAUCCGCCGUGCUUACAAAAAGAAAGCCCUGGAGCUGCACCCGGACCGAAAUUUUAACGACACUGAGAACGCAACCAGACGCUUUGCCGAAGUUCAAACCGCAUAUGAGAUCUUAUCCGAUCCCCAGGAACGUGCUUGGUACGAUUCCCAUCGCGAUGCGAUUCUCAGCGGCGUGGACGACCUUGCCGGGAGUGCACCCACAGAUCCCGGGAGCGGACACACGUCGGCCAACGCAAUAUUCGCCCUGAUGAGCCGGUUUAAUUCCAGUGUACCGAUGGAUGACAGCCAGAGGGGCUUCUUCGGGAUACUCAACGAGUUCUUUGACCAGCUCGCUGCAGAGGAAAGGGCUGCCUGUGAUUGGGCUGGGAUUGCACCGACGGAUUACCCCCCGUUUGGAAAGGCCACUGACGACUACAAUACGGUUGGCAAACGGUUCUAUAGCGUGUGGUCGGGCUUCUCAACCAGAAAAACGUUCAGUUGGAGAGACAAAUACCGCCUUCAGGACGCUCCCGACCGCCGAAUCCGCCGCCUGAUGGAGAAGGAAAACAAGAAAUUGCGUGAGGAAGGUAUCCGGGAAUUUAACGACGCCGUUUUGUCUUUGGUUGCCUUUGUGAAAAAGCGGGAUCCUCGUUAUGUUCCAAACACUCAGUCUGAAGCUGAAAGACAACAAAUGCUCCGGAAUUCGGCGGCUGCCCAAGCAGCACGGUCGCGUGCCGCGCACCUAGAGAAGCUCGCGGAAUACGUCGUCCCGGACUGGGCACAGUCCCGGGAUGACGAAGAGGAUAACGGCGAGUUUGCGACAUCAGAAGAAGAGGACGAGAUUGAAGAGAUUGAGUGUGUCGUUUGCAACAAGACAUUCAAGAGCGAGAAGCAGUUCGAAGCACAUGAGAAGAGCAAGAAGCAUGUCAAAGCUGUGCAAAAAAUACAGCGGCAGAUGAGGAAGGAGAACGCUAGUCUUGAUCUUGAGGAGUCUGAACCAGUUUCAAUGCCGUCCCCGGUUGCCCGUCAGACCAUAGAAGACGAUAAUGGCGCGCCAGGCGAAGACACAAGUCCUCAAACGCAACACACGGAAGAAGUGAGAGAAGACUCUCGACUGUCGGCCGGUGGAGAAGACACGGACCAAGCGACGCCGUUUUCAGGGACGGAAGAUGAUGAUUACGCACCACGGGCAGCUGUUGAGGAGAGGCUCUUGAACGGGGCUACCAGGAGCAGAAGCCCAGCAAACAAGGAGGGUAGCACGCCUGGCGCCACAGAUUCUGUAGCCACAAGCUUAGGUGACCUCACCUUGGAUGGCGGGUUGGAAGGAGGCAAAAAGAUGGGCAAAGCCAAAUUGAAACGGGAAAAGAAAGCAGCCCGAUUGGCAGCCGCAGCCGGCACAUCCGACUCUGUAAGUCAUUGAACCAUGUUCCCAAACGUACACAGGCAGGGCUCCGACGAUUAACGCAAAGAAACAGCAUACGUGUGCUGGAUGCAAGGCUAGCUUCCCAUCUCGGUCUAAGCUCUUCGACCAUAUUCGGGAAAAUCCAAAGCAUGCAGCUCCUCUCCCUGCCUCUAAUGCCAUGAUGGGCAAGAAGAAGCGCCGUUAAGACGUCCGUUCAGUAGCAUGACGCCUAGAAAACUUCCCUUCCUCGAGGCACGACUGAACAUACAUUGCUAGAGCC